UCUGACUCGAUUUAUCGAAUCCCGGAAAAUACACAACCGAAACAUCUUGGCGCACCGGCCGGGAACUCGAGGUUCAGAUUCGUCUGGUUUUUUUUUCUCGUUUUUUUUUAAAUUCAUUUUUUUUUCGGUUUGUUUUUUUUCUCUCGUCAAAAUUCGCGCGCGCACCGCAAGCCUUCGGCGACUCGGCUUGCGAGGAGUGAAAGUGCAGUGCAGUGAAAGUGCAGUGAGAGUGCAAGAGUGCAGUGAAAGUGCAGUGAGAGUGCAGUGAGAGUGCAGUGAAAGUCCAGUGUGCUGGGCACUGAGAGCCCGAGAAAUAAGACAAGAAAGUUCAAAAUUUAAAUUUUAUUGUUGUGUCACCAGUGAACAUUUUGGAUACACAUCAUCACAGGAGGCAUACAGCAGAAUCAUGCACCUAAUUCACCACCAAGGCGAUCUCUUCGAUUGUCCUUACUGGGUUCCAAUUGUUCACUGUGUAUCAUACGACGGUAAAAUGGGCGCCGGCAUAGCAAAAACAGUGCAAUCAAUAUUUAAUGUUCGAUCAGAAUUUUUGGCAACAGAGCGAGAAGUGGGUGGCCUAGUCGCAGUUUGGCGAAGCCACCGCUUCAUUGUUAACUUAAUCACUAAAUUACGUUACUGGCACUUACCUACACUGGAUUCGCUGCAAAGUUCGCUGCGCGCACUGCGGUCAUUUGUUGUGGACAACAACAUUGGUGUCCUCGCAAUGCCAGAGAUCGCAGCUGGCCUGGACAAAAUUCACUUGAAUUUGGUCAUAGAGUCCCUGUACCAAGUCUUUCAAGACUUGGAUAUAGAGAUUCAUAUGUACCAUUUGUGACCUCUACGACUGCUAGAUUUGACCAUUUUUUUUUUCUCAAAUUUCUUUUAAACUAUGAAAAAAAAAUUGUUGUAAUGAUUAUUAACGAAUGUUAUUUAGAGCCAAGAUCAAUUAAUAAUUGGGAUUUCAUCUCUAUUUUGUUUUAGAUG